AUGAAGGUUGCAACUAAACAGGAUAAGCCAUUUAAUAGAAAAUUUGGUAAUGCCAAACCAAAGGCUAAAAUGAAGCUGUCAAAGAAAAAACUGCCGAAAAGUUCUUCAAGUAAUCCAACAGUAAAGAAGUUUAGGGAAGCAGCGAAACGUUCUGCAGUUGGUGGACAUUUUCCAAAUAUUGGGAGUACGAAAGCCACGUUAAAUCAACAACUGGGUAAUGGACUUACUUUGGAGGCUCUGGAGAAGCACAAUGCUGCAAUAGGAGAAUUUACUGAAGCUUCAUUGCAAGAUGAUGCCGCAUCCAUAGGAGGAACAACUUUUAAUACCUGGGCCACAAACCUGACAGGAUGCACCAAUGUUACAUUUAAUCGUGUCCAUCGGUACAUUAAUUCAAGCUCUUCUGUACAGAAAGAGAUUUUAGCUGUUUUGGCAGCUGUAACAGAAGUUAUCAAAGAGAAAGGCGGAGAGGGCAAAGAUGUCCAGUAUUUUGGUGUUCUGGUGUCAAGUUUGCAAGAGGCAGAUAAAACGGAUACAAAAAUGGCAAUGGCUCAUUUGUUGAGCAUUGUUAUAAAGAAAGUCCCGCUAGCUGUUCUACAAAGCCGAUUCUCACAAGUGGUCAAGGUACUGUUAGAUGUCAUCACAGAUUGUGUCAAGCAGGAGACAUUUUCUCCUCUGAAAGCUGCCCUGUCAUGUUUAGCAAGUCUUCUUCGUGUUCAGGAUGUCAACAGAUGGACAGAACCGUCAACAGAACAUGCAUAUAGGGCACUUCUGGCCUUUGUCUCUCAUAGAAAACCAAAGCUGCGCAAAGCUGCCCACACAGCAGUGAAAAUAGUUUUGCGAGGCAGUUUGUUGAUGCAGCAGACACCGGCUCCUCCAUUUCAUCCAGCCGCACCGCUCACAGCUCAGCAUUGCCUCAAAUUGAUUGAGUCAUCCAAAGGACCAUCAAGUAAAGUUGAAAUUCUACACAUACUGUCAUUACUGAAGGACAUCCUCAGUCUGUGUCCGCACUCCAAUGUGAAGUCUUUGUGUGAAUCUCUGUUAAAGAUCAUGACAUUAACAGAUUUGGUUGUUCGUUCUACUUGUAUGGAGGUACUACAUAGAUUAUUUACUGCCAAGCCAACUUCUAAGAUCAUGCCUGCUGACAUGAAUGGCCAGAUUAUAACAGCAUUAUAUGACUACCAACCAUCAGAGAAGGAUGGCCAGCCUAUGAUUGCAUGGCUCAAAGUGAUGGAGGCAGCAGCAGUCAAUUUGGCCAGCCAGGAUGCAGAGCUGGGUAUUAACCAUCUACCACGCCUCUUCUCCACAUGCAUGACAUGCCUUCUCUCGGACCGACAUGAUGUGGCUAAGGCGGCAGUUGCCACCAUGAAGGCAUUACUCUUGGAGUGUUUGGAACCAAAUAAGGAAGUCAUCUUGGCAAAAAAGGCCAACAGUCAGACAGUGACUGCGCUGCAGAAAGUGAUGAAGUCUCUAGAGACAGGCUUGAGCUACCAAUUUCAUUCCAUGUGGGGUUUAGUGUUCCAGUUAUGGUCCACUGUCUUUUUGGCUGUUGGCAAAAUCAUCCCAGAAAUGCUGCUCAAGUGCUUGUCAUCAAUGGGCGACCUUCGUGACACACCUCACUUCUCCUACAAGGUGGAGAUGGACCAUGCCAUUGGCAGUGCAGUGAAGGCCAUGGGGCCACGAUUGGUGUUAAAAGCAAUUCCUUUGGGCAUUACGGGUGAUCACGACAAUUUAGAAUUCCCCCGAGCAUGGCUUCUGCCCGUCAUCAGAGACAACAUAACUCACACAGAACUUGGCUUCUUCACAUCGUAUUUUCUCCCAUUGGCCGCCAGGUUUAAAAACAUAGCUGAGGUCAGUGCCAGAAACAAUCAGAUUGCAAAGUCUAAAGCAUAUGAAACACUUCAGCUGCAGAUUUGGUCUAUGCUGAAAGGCUUCUGUGAUCAUCCCACAGACUUAAAACAGAGUUUCCAAGGCAUUGCAAAGACAUUAGGAACAGCUUUGAGCGACCGUGAAGAUUUAAGAAUGGAUGUUAUGAGUGCUUUGCGGUCUCUUAUCAUGUGCAGUCUCGAUUCAGAUUCUGAUAAAGCAGAGAUAGGAAGAUUUGCCAAAAACUUUCUGCCAAUUCUGUUUAACCUAUUUACAACACCUGGCCUCAAUGACGGAAUGCAUCUAGCAGUGUUGGAAACUGUUAAAAAAUACCUUUUGGUUUCAGACAGUAAACUGCUGUCUGCCUUCCUUGACAAAUGCUUGGAGAAAAUGGGAGAUUUGGAAGUGAAUAUUUACAGAAACAUAGCAUUGCUAGAUCUGGCCAUUGCCAUGAUUCCAUAUGCAGACCCUACAAGACUGAACCAGAUGUUUGAACUGGCCCUGCCACGAGUUCAGUCAGAUGAUAAGACCAUCCAGAAAAAGUCUUACCGUGUCCUUGAAGAAAUCUGCAGUGGAAAAACAGCUGGCUGUAGAGAUCUCUUGUCAUCCAACCUGGAUAAAAUCACUGAAACAUUGCUUCACUCCCUGUCAAAGUCCAGCCCAUCAUCUAAAGCUCCUCGGUUGCGAUGUCUCAUCCACGUGUACAAGAACUUGCAAGAAAAAAACAUGUAUAUAUUUAUGGCCACACUGCCGGAGGCCAUCUUGUGCACCAAAGAAAUAGGAGUGAAGGCCAGAGCUGCAGCGUAUGAGCUGAUUAUUGUAAUGUCUGAAACAUAUAUCAGAUGGCAUGGAGAUGUUACUGAGAAAGAAAGUUUAGGAGAGUUUGUCAACAAAGUGUUAGCUGGUCUAGCAGGCUCUCCCCACAUGAUCAGUGCUACACUGUUAGCCUUGACUCGCAUUGUAUACCACUAUAAAGAUAAAUUGGCUGGAGCCGUCCUGGAUAAUAUGAUUGACAGCGUCUGCUUAUUGCUGGCAUCAAAAACAAGGGAGAUUAUUAAAACUGCUCUGGGCUUUGUUAAAGUCAUACUUUCUGCCUAUGAAAACACGGUUCUGGCUGCACAUCUGAAAGAUUUGUUGAACAGCCUUCAUGAAAUUGCUGUGAAAGGCAAUAUGAGACGUUUAACGAAGAUCAUUUAUUUGAAACUGAUCAAGAGAUUUGGAUACGAAUUAAUCGUCAACUUGACACAAGAAGGAGUGCACAAACUGCUAAAGAACAUUCACAAAUCACAAGAAAGAGCCAAGAGAAAGGAGAAGGAAGAUGCAGGCAGUGAAGAUGAAGAUGAAGAAAGUGAUGAUGAAGAUCAAAUCACAGCACAACCUGAAAGCAUUGAUGACCUCCUCAAGGACACUGACUCUGAAAUGGAUGAUGAUGACAGUAAGAAAACGAGGGUGAAGAAAGGCAAGAAGAGACAUGGCAAGGAUGCCUGGCUGAUGGAGACUGGGGAUGAUGGAAUAGUCGACUUUAUGGACCCAACAGCAUCCAAGCAAGUCUUUGCAACCAAGCCAAAAGACAACAGUGGAGAUAAAAAGACAGAGGAUAAGGAAAGAGGUUUUAAGUUGUCUGCCGAUGGUAGACUUAUCAUCACUCAGGAUGAAGAAGAGAAGGAAAAAGGCCGUAAACGAAGCGGUAACGAGGAUGAUAAUGAGGAUGAGUUGGAAGAAUUGUUGGCGGCAAUGGGAGGUGAACUCAGAAACAAGACGAAGAAGCGAAAAAUGGAUGCUGCUGCUCCAGGUGAUAGUGAUGACGGAAAUGAACCUUCAACAUCAAAAUAUAAAGCUGGUGGCAGUGGCAUUCACAGGCCUACGGCUCAGGAGAGCAGACAACCGAAGGAAAAGUCUGCUGCUUUUGGGCAGGAUUACAGAGCAAAGAGAGCUUCAGGUGAUAUGAAAAAGAAAGGCCAACCCGAUCCUUUUGCCUAUGUGCCCUUGGACUUUAAAAGUCUGAACAAACGCAAGCAGAUGAAAGUCAAAGGGUCAUUCAAGAACCUGGUCAAAGGGGCCAAGAAAGGAGCAGCAAGUGGCAUGAAGUUUAAAGCUCGCCGAGGAAAGAAGCAGUAG